UCCAAACGUGGGAACUAAUCAAAUCUCUGCCUCUCUUUUCUUGAUCCAAACUACCGAUUAAUACAUAUUAACACUCUGGAAUUCAAUUUAUCAUGGCUUGACGAGCGGGAAGAAAGGUGGCGACAUAGUUCCAUGAAGCGAAUGGACGGCGGCGGCGAGGAUUUCGGGGAGGAGAAGGAUGUGACGAGCGAGGUGCAUCUUGGGUGUCCAUCUAAUUCCUCUGCCCUUCAUGUUACGCAUUUCACAAUCCCAAUCCCAAUCCCGACCGGUGUUGACAGCUGCAGCUGUAGCGGUCUGUUCAAAAGAAGAGAGCAAGUUCCGAUGGAUAAGCCUUUGGACGUAGAUGAUGAUGGUGAUCUUGUUUUGACCAGACGUAGCAGCUAUCAGGAUGGCGGGAAUGUUAAACUCGCUAUCCAGCAUAUUAUCACGUCAUCAAUACGGGGUGUUGGUUUACAGGUUUGGAAGGCUGAGCUAGUAUUGUCAGAUUUCGUGCUGCAUAAAAUGCUUUUUUACUCGGAAUUCGAUGGGAUUAUUUCGUUAGAACUUGGAGCUGGGACAGGACUAGUAGGUAUGCUGGUUGGACACGUGGCUAAAACAGUUUUCCUGACAGAUCGUGGUCAUAAAAUCCUAGCUAAUUGUGGAAGGAAUGUUCAUCUUAAUCGCAACGUGUUGCAGUAUAAAGGUUCAAUCAAUGUACGCGAACUCGAUUGGACAAAUUCCUGGCCCCCCAUUGUGAGACCGAGAAAUGAUUCCUUACAUGAAAGGGUUUGGUGGACCUCAUCCGAAGUUGAAGAAGCUGAGAAUGCUUCUGUCCUUCUAGCAGCAGAUGUAAUAUACAGUGAUGAUCUGACUGAUGCUCUUUUUGGCUUGCUGGAGACACUGAUGUCAUUGGGUUCAGAGAAGGUUUUAUACUUGGCCUUGGAGAAGCGCUACAAUUUCAGCCUCGGUGACCUUGAUAUCGUGGCGAAUGGCUACUCUCAUUUCCGGAGUUAUGUAAGGAGCGAAGAAGAAUGUAAGGAGGAACUUGAGUCCUGCUCUCCAUUUGUGGGCAGAUGCAUCGACCUGUCCCGAAUUCCAAAGUACAUCCGGGAGUACGAGAGAGGAAAUGAUUUAGAGCUUUGGGAAAUUAAAUAUGAUAAACAGACACAUAAAUCGCCCCGCUCUCAGAAUUCUCAGCUCGAGUUUUCUUGAAUUCAUGCAAAUGCAUGCAGUUGGUAAGGUUCCUGAGUUGCUCUGUUGGCCUUGAACUGUCGUGAAUCUGACAGUCUCUUCAUGAAACAACAGGAAAAAUUCUAAGAGGGAGCACAUGUUUGGGUGGAGGGCCGGUGCUAAAGGCACUUUAAAACCUCUGCAAAAGAAGGGAAAAUGGCAGAAACAGGGGAGAAGAAAGCAAAAGAAGAAAGUGCUGAAAAGGAAAUGAAAAGAAAAGGGAACUUAUUAGCUGUGGCCUGUGGGGAGCAGAGCCUAGCCAAGACAAAAGGGACAUAGCUUCUACCCAUUAUUCUUGGUUUGUCCAUUUUGGUUGUGCAAGUCUAUGUUGCUCAAAUGGGUCUCCCCUCCUCAGCCAGCUGCAAUUGUGUUUUACAGGUUUGAGUUUAGGCCCAACAUGCUCAUUUUCUAUAUGAAUAUAAUGC